UCAACAUAAAUGUUAGCAACACCACCAAAGCCACCAACCAUAUCCGUUUUUUAGAAGCUCUCAAGUCCCGAUAACAACACAACAUCAGAAUACAAAGGUAAUCCAAGACCGUGCCAUAAAACCAUCAGCCUCAAACAAAAACUUCACAGAAAGGGAAAAAAAUGGAGUUUACAUUUCAGGAAUCACCUUGGUCACCCAUAUUCAUGAAUUCACCAUUUCUCUUUCCUUCUUCUCUCUUUACCCCUGAUAACUAUGUUCACUGGACACAAACUCUAGAAUCUCAUAUCGACACAGCCAACCUUCCCGGUGUAAGGAAAGGAGAAAUUAAAGUAGAAGUAGAGGAUUCAAAAUAUUUGAUCAUAAGAACAGAAGAAUUAACUGAAGAAACACAACCAGCAGUACGUUUCAUGAGAAAAUUCAGACUUCCUGGUAUGAUUGAUAUUGGUUCAAUUUCAGCUGGUUAUGAAGAUGGAGUAUUAACUGUUACAGUUCCAAGAACUUCUGCAAGGAGACUUUUACAUAUCCAUCUUUCUGAUUUACCAGGCAGGCAUGAAAUACUUGCCCCUGCAGCUUAAUUUGGAAAUUAAUGGGCAAUUUUUUAGAUUUUUAACGUGAUGUUCCGUUUCUUUCGCUAUUUUCUUAUUUCUUAAGAACAUUUUUCUUUUUAAUUUUGCUUGAAAGCUGCAAAUGUAUUCUUGAUCAGUGUUGUUGUUGUUAUAAUGAUACAAAUUCCUAUGUCA